AACCACCCCCACUAGAAUCAUUGCCUUGUCAUACUUACAAACUUCACACAAUUAAGUCCUUUUUCCCCUCUGAAAAUUAAGCAGCUUUAGAAGAUCAGAUCAGAUCAGAGCCAUUUUGUUUUGCUGGGAAAAGCUAAUUGUGUUACACAGUCCAAUUAAAAGCAUGGGGAAUUGCAUGCCCAGAGAAGCAGGUGAGAAAAGAGAUGAGAUUAUUGAAGAAACUGCAGAAGUGAAAAGAGAGGGGGAAAAUGAUGGUAAGAAGAAGCUGAGGAUAAAGAUUGUGGUGACAAAGGAUGAGCUGGAUUGGCUGGUUUUUCAGCUGAAGUUUAGGGAAGGGAAGAGUUUAGAAGAUGUUUUGGGGGAGUUGGAGAGAGGGAGAGGCAAAGCUUCAAGCUGGAAACCUUCUCUUCAGAGUAUCAGUGAAAGCCCUGCUGAAGUGCAUGCCUAUGCCUGAGAUUUUAUAUGGUUAGAUAGAGUAUGAUGAGUGCUUCAGUACUACCCAUUUUCUUCACUUUCUUCUCUCUGUAGAAUGUAUAAUGUAUAUCGAGUUGAGACCCAUGUUUGUAAAUUCAGAUUUUGCUUUUAUUUAGUUGUCACUAAGUAGAAGCUUUUCGUGUUGUCU